CACCAGGAGGUUUACAAGAUCGCCGACUACAGUAACGAUGUGAACGGCAAUUCCAAAGAAGCACAACCACUUUAUCUAGGAGACGAAAGUCGGGAGAUUAAAAAACAGAUUACAGGGAUGAGAAGAUUGUUGAAUGACAGCACCGGGCGAAUCUAUCAGCGAGUUGGCAAAGAAGGAGAAAUGUUGAAGGAAGAACCCCAAGAUUUAGACCUGGCCUGGACUCCGCGUCUGAAUCCUCCGGCAGACACCCAGGGACAUCUCCAACCGUUGCCGAGCGGGACCUGGAAUGAGUUGUCUCCCCAGACCGGCCCCUAUUCAGGGCAGUACGGCACCCGUUCGAAAACCUUCCAGAACCAAGCCAGAACCGUGGGCACAAACGGCGGAAUCCCUGCGACUAACGCCUCCUCUGGAUCAAACUGUUGCACUUGCAAUUGUCAACCAGCACUGCAGGCCAUUCUUCAGGAGCUGAAGACCAUGAGGAAGAUCAUGCAGAUCCAAGCUGCAGCUGCCCAGAACCGACAACAGCCUUCAGUUCCUCCGGCUACCUUGCAGAAAUCCACCAUCUCAAGAAAGAGGAAUAAAAAGAAAAAAACGCCCCCAAAGACUCUUGAACCCCUUUCGGUGAAACAGAAGGCCGGGGCUGUCGCGAACGACAAGAAGUUAUCCCCAAAUUCUGACAGGCCGAGUGGGCCCACAGUCGCCGAAUCCUCCUCGAAAACGGAGCCCCAGGUUUCAGGAUUCGGCAUCGUGCUCGAAUCUUCGUCUCCGGAUCCAGAAGUACAGCUUGCUGAAGGUUUUGACGUUUUCAUGCCUAAAUCACAACUGGACUCUAUAUUAGCAAAUUACACUCGCUCAGGAAGUCUCCUCUUUCGAAAACUGGUGUGUGCGUUUUUUGAUGACAAGACGUUGGCCAACUCUCUGCCGAAUGGCAAAAGGAAAAGAGGGCUCAAUGACAACCGGAAAGGACUAGACCAAAAUAUUGUGGGUGCAAUAAAAGUGUUCACAGAAAAAUACUGUACUGUAAACCACGUGGAUAAACUUCCUGGCCCGAGAGACUGGGUACAAAUUCUGCAGGAUCAAAUCAAGCUGGCCAGAAGACGGUUGAAAAGAGGAUCAGCCGAGACGGCUGAUGGAGACGAGAAACUGGACAUUUCUCUGCUAGAGGCAGGUUCCCUCCUCGAAGCCACGUCUUCUGCGCUAGUCCUUCAUUAGCGUGUUCCAACCUUGGUUCGAGAUGAUGCCAGGAACCUUUCUAGAUUACUUCACUAUCCGUGUUCUCCUGUUUCACGAUCUCCGAUCAAUUAUUAUUAUUUUUUUCUCAUGCUUUUCUAACGUGGAUAAUAAUUAAGCGACGAAUCACUUUUCCUUUUGAUUGAAUCAGAAUAACUAGAUUUGUUCGGUAGAGGCUCUAGUGCAAUUAGUCUGGUAACCAAUGUGAUAGGAUGAAUUUUGAUUUUAUGGUGGCAUUUUCCCACUUCAAUACAUACUCGCUGGCUAUUCUAUUUACCUAGUGGGAAAAAAAUGAGAAGUUAAAGGUUUCCUCUUAAUCUGAGCAAAUAGCUCCUAACACCACAAUUUCAUGUAGAGUUUUUGGUGCAGAAGUCAUGGGAUCAAAAAUAAAACUUCUAAGACAUUUAAUGACU